AUGGAUAAAUUCAAAGCCGUACUUAGAUCGGUAGAUAUAUAUGGCCAUUAGGUCAAGCUACUCUAUAAAGGAGACGAUACAAAGAAGACACUGCCUGGUGCCUUUAUGACUGUCAUUUCAGUAGGUUUACUGCUUUGGUACUUAGGUUUGUAAAUCGAGGACAUUAUCAACAACAAAAAUUAGUUUAAGUAGACACUUAUCCAACUAGAUCUAGACAAUAUCGAAUUCCCUUUAGGCAAAGAUAACUUUGAUACUGCUUUGAUGGUUGUACCUCCUUUUUCUGAUUAGAUACAAAACAAGACAGAAAAUAUUUACAGAUAUAUGAACAUUUCUGCGAUACUUACGAUUACGACUGAAAAACUAGACAAAGAUGGUGAUCUAGAUGUUGAAGAGUUUGAUUUGGAAUUAUUUAAAUGCUCCAGAAAUAGAUUAUUUGAUAGCACUAGAUUCAAGGUGCUUACUGAUGCAUAUUAAAAUGUUGAUGCUCUUUGUUUUAAGCAAUUUGAAAUGCUUAAAUUAAAAUCAGACAACAAUAGACUUUCCUAUAAAAUUACUGGUUGUGAUCAAAACUAUUUGUCUAAAAAAUAUCCAGGGUCAACUUGUGAGAAAAAUAAAACAAAGGAAUUAUAGACACUAGCUGAUACUAUGGUUAUUGUCUUCUCUUCUUCUAACUAUCUUGAUCCUGAAGAGUUUAAUAAAAGUCCCAUUAAAGUUAAUACAGUUCAAAAUGCUUUUAGAUUCUCUUAAUACUUUGAGAAAGUAAUCAAUUUUGAAAUUGGAUUCAAUAAAGCAGAAAUACAUGACUCUAAGCUGCAUGAAAAUAUUGGAUCAUAUGAAACAGAUUUUAUUUCUACAAAAUUUGUAAGUUAAGGAGCUUUAUCAAAUACAGGAGGUCUAGCUGGCAUAGUUUUUGGUGUAAUUGCUUUUAUCAUAGCACCUCUCCAAGAAUUUUUCUACUAUCAGAGUCUGUUAAAAAAGAAUUUCUUAGUGGAAGAAGAUUAAGUUAAUAAGAAGAAUAAAUCAGGUUACUAACUAGGGAAACAAAAAACUAAUGACUUCAUAACUACUAAAGAUGAUAACGGUCAAAGUGAAAAAUCGAAAUUUUAUCAUAAAGAUUUUAAAACAUAUCUGGAAUUAGUUAAACGGCUGAGAAAUAGAGUACCUUUUAGAUAUGAAUUCAGAUAUGCAGCAUUUUAUUGGAUUAAGAAAGUUAUUUGCUGUAGUAAAAGUGAUAAGUUGCAAGCUGAAUUAUUUGACUACGGAAAAGAAGUGAUAGAUAAGCAAUUUGAUAUUGCAACUAUUUUGAGAGAUUUAAGAGCUUUCAAGAUGACUAAUAGACUUUUGCUGUCUAAGUACCAAAGACAUCUGAUACCAUUCUUUAAAAAGCACUUGCUGAAUUAAAUGUAUGAAAAAAAUAAAAUCAAAGAAGAAAAGAUUGCUUAAACUUAGAAGGUUAAUCAUAAUUAGAAGUUGCUUAAUUAGGUAACCUAGCUUAUGAUUGAACUAUUUUCUGAUAAUAGAAAUCCUUCUAAUUCAUACAAUGAAGUAGUUUUGGAUAGCUUAUUUCUGUAGAAUAGCGAAAGUGUGAAUAAAGAUUUAAAGUCUUAAUUAUAUUCAGCAAUACUCAGAUAUUUUAUUCAGAAAAAUUUAGAAUAACCUGAAAUAAUAAAUUCACCUAGUAAAGCCAACGGAAUAGAUGUAAAUGACAUUAAGUUCACAAACAAUUUUGGAAAAUCUUAAGUAACUGAUGAGUAGUAAUAAUAAAAUAAAAACAGUCCAUUUGUGAGUCGCUUUGAUAGUGCUUCAAAUGAUGAUGAAAACUAAAAAACACCUUAGCAUAAAAACAGCCAUUAAGAACCUGAAAGUGAAAACAGUUAAUUGAUUAAUGAAAUAGACGAGCAAGCAGACAUUUAGAAUUUCAGACAUUAGAAAGAAACAAAUAAAAAAAUUUAAAGCUUUUGA